GCUGGUGUCAACGGUCCAAGCCACGAUGGCAACGGUGUCGGGGAUCACAGUUGUCCUUAGCUGCAAGGACGUGGUGUAUGACAGGCACUGGCUGGCCGUGGAGUACAUCUGGGUCCUGGUUCCCUACAUGACCUACGACAUUUACGUCAUGUACCUCUGCCACUGGCACAAGAGCCGGGACCGCGGAGUCGUGGAGGAGAAGCACUCGCUGGCCAGCGUGCGGAGCUUCCUCCUGCAGGAGCGGCUGGUGGGGGCCCCCCACCUCUUCCUCCUCAUCGUGCUCACCCCCGUCACCCAGCACUUCAGGGGAGAGCUGGGGGAUUUCUUCGUGGGCUGCAUCUUCACGGCAGAGCUGAGCACACCUUUUGUAUCGCUGGGCAAAAUCUUCAUGCAGCUCAAAAUGCAGGACACGCUCCUGCACAAGGUGAACGGGAUCCUCAUCCUGGUGACCUUCUUCCUCUGCCGUAUCCUCCUCUUCCCCUUCAUGUACGCGGCCUACGGCAGGCAGGUGGGCAUCCCCGUUU